AUGCAUAUCAAGCAGAUUAUCAUUCAGGGCUUCAAAAGCUACAAGGAGCAGACCGUCAUCGAGCCCUUCUCCCCCGGCACCAAUGUCAUCGUAGGCCGGAACGGCUCCGGAAAGAGCAACUUCUUCGCUGCCAUCCGCUUCGUCCUCAGCGAUGCCUACACCAACAUGAGCCGCGAGGAGCGGCAGGCGCUCCUUCACGAGGGUUCUGGGUCUGCCGUCAUGUCGGCCUAUGUCGAGAUCAUCUUCGACAAUACUGACAAGCGCUUCAGCGAGCCAGGCGAUGAGGUUGUUAUACGAAGAACAAUCGGUCUCAAGAAGGAUGAGUACUCAGUCGACAAGAAGGUGCAGACCCGGACCGACGUUCUGAAGAUUCUCGAGACCGCCGGUUUCGCCAAGGAGAACCCCUUCUACAUUGUUCCCCAGGGACGCGUCUCUGCCAUUACCAACAUGAAGGAGGCCGAGAGACUCAAUCUCUUGAAGGAAAUCGCAGGGACAAACACCUAUGACGACCGCAGAAUACAGUCUCUCAAGAUCAUGGCCGAGACUAAUAGCAAGCGGGAAAAGAUCGACGAGCUCCUGGCCUACAUCUCGGAGCGUCUGGACGAGCUCGAGGAGGAAAAAGACGAGCUCCGCGAUUUCCAGGACAAGGACAGGGAGCGUAGAUGUCUCGAGUACGCGCAUUGGCAUCGCCUGCAAGAGACAAACGCCGCGACCCUGGAGCAGAUUGAGGAGGCUAGGCAGGGAGGCGCGGGCGCGUCGACUAAGGAUCGCGCGCAACUGCAAAAGGCUGAAAAGGAGAUUGGCGCCUUGGAGCAAAUGUCGCACGAGCUACUGCAAACGCUAAAUCUGCUGGCCAUAGAACGCCGCCAGCUCGACGAUGACCGGAAAGACACGGCCCGCGCGCAAGCGAAGGCUGAGCUGAAGGCGAAAAACCUCGACGAGACGCGCCACGCGCGGGAGCAGGAACAGCGACAGCAGGAGGCAGAGCUGAAGGAGGUGAGGCGAAAGAUACAAGUUGCCGAGUCGGAGCUCGCCAAGAUCAGCCCCGGCUACGAGAAGUGGAAGCGCGAGGAAGCCGAGGUGAAGGCGCAGCGAGACCUUGCCAGCGCCGGGCGUACCCGUCUCCUGACCAAGCAGACUCGGAGUACUCAGUUCAGAACCAAGGCCGAGCGUGACAAGUACCUCCAACAGGAGAUCAACGAAAUCACAGCAUCUCUUAGCUCGCAAAAAGCCAUUGAAAUAGACGCAAAGGAGCAGGUUAAGGGUGUCGAGGCUUCUAUCAGCGACCUAGAGAAGAACAUCCAGGCCAUCCGGGAGAAGAUUGAAGGCUAUGGCGGAAACCGGGUCGAGCUCGCCGAGAAGCUCACCAAGGCCGAAGAGGCCAGAGAGCAGCUAGUCGAGGAGCGGAAGAGACUUCAGCGCGAAGAGGACAAGCUCAAUUCCCUGAUAGCGAACACUAGAAAGGAGCGGGAUCAAGUUGAGAAGGAUCUGUCGCACUUGAUGGACUCGGCGACGUCUAAAGGUCUUGCGACGAUCAGACGAAUGAAGCGAGAGAGGAAUCUUCCCGGCGCCUAUGGAACUCUAGCCGAGCUAAUGGAGGUGCCGAUCGAAGCCUACCGGUUGCCUGUCGAGCAGGUCGCGGGCAACAGCCUGUUCCACUAUGUGGUCGACAAUGAGAAGACAGGGACGAUGCUCUCGGACCAUCUCUACAAGUCUUUUGGCGGGCGGCUCACCUUUAUGCCUCUAGAGCAGCUACGGGCAAGGCAGGUGAAGAUGCCCAGGGCGUCGGAUGCCACACCGCUCAUCAGCAAAAUUGAAUAUGACGCCAAGUUUGACAAGGCUUUCCAGCAAGUAUUUGGGCGCACCAUUGUCUGCCCCAAUCUUGCAAUUGCCUCCCAGUACGCUCGUACUCACGGCCUCGACGCUAUCACGCCGGAAGGCGAUACGGCUUAUAAGAGGGGCGCCAUGACUGGCGGCUACGUCGACUCGCGGAGGUCACGCCUUGGGGCAGUGCACAAAGUCAACGAACUACGAGAUCUGUACGACCAGCAGCUCACAGAUGUCGACAAGAUCCGCAAGCAGAUCGAGAUAAUAAACCAAAAAAUCACGAGCGCGAACGGCGAAGAGCACAAGCUCGACCAGCAAAUGCGCCAGUUUGAGCACGGCUUCGAGCCUCUCAAGGCCGAGCUGCGGAGUAAGAAUGCGCAGCUGGAGCGUGAGCGGACCCAUCUCGAAGACACUGUGCGGCGCCGCGCCGGGGUGGAGAAUAACCUCAAGGAGCUGGACGACAUAUUGGCGGCCCAUCAGACCGAACUGGCGUCGGAGUUUAAGAAGGCCCUGUCUGUCAGCGAGGAGCGCCAGCUCGAGGAGCUCACUGCCGAAGAGCAUCGGCUACAGCAGCAGCUGAAAGACCUCAGCAAGAAGCGGAUGGAGCUGGAAGGCCGCAAGCGGCUCCUAGAGACUGAGCUGCACGCCAACCUCCGGCCGCAAGAGGACCAGCUGCGGAGUCAGGCCUUUGAGAACUCUACUGCCGGUGGCAGUGGAAGCUACAAGGACGCCCUAAAGGAGCUCAAGAAGGCGCAGAACGCCGCAGCCGAGGUCGAAAGACAGCUGCUGGAGAAUGAGGAGAAGAUGGAAGAAGCAAGCGCCGAGCUGGCCAAGCUUGAGGCCCAGAAGGCCCAGAGAGAGCAGGAGCUGCAGGAGCUGCAAAAGCGUAUAGACCAGUACCAGAAGAAGAUGGAGAAGAACAUCCAAACAAGGGCCCGCCUGAUUAGCCAAGCAGCCGAGUAUACCAAGAACAUUAGGGAUUUAGGUAUCUUACCCGAACAAGCCUUUGGCAAAUACGAGAAGAUGAAAUCUGAACAGCAGAUUGAAUCGAAGCUCCGCAAGGUCAACGAGGCGCUCAAGAAGUACAAGCACAUCAACAAGAAGGCCUUUGACCAGUACAACAGCUUUACGACACAGCGAGAACAGCUACUCAAGAGGCGGAAGGAGCUCGACACGUCGCAGUCGUCGAUUGAGGAACUGAUUGAGCAUCUCGACCAAGCCAAGGACGAGGCAAUAGAACGGACGUUCAAGCAGGUCUCCAAGGAGUUCUCGACCAUCUUCGAGCAGCUUGUGCCAGCUGGCCACGGGCGGCUGGUGAUCCAGCGUAAGGGCGACAGUGGUAAGAACCGCAAUGCCGAAGAGUCGGACGAGGAGCCGGCCACCGGCGUGGAGAACUACACGGGCGUCGGAAUCAGCGUGUCGUUCAACUCCAAGGUCAUGGACGAACAGCAAAAGAUCCAGCAGCUGAGUGGAGGUCAAAAGAGCAAGUACCCCUGUUUAUGCGCGCUCUGCCUCAUUUUCGCGCUGCAGGCGGCCGAGUCGAGCCCGUUUGUCAUCUUCGACGAGGUUGACGCCAACCUGGACGCACAGUACCGGACGGCCGUGGCCAGCCUGCUCGAGUCCAUCUCGGAGACGCAGAAGACGCAGUUCAUCUGCACCACGUUCCGGCCCGAAAUCGUCCUCGUCGCCGACAAGUGCUACGGCGUCACCUUUCACAACAAGACCAGCACCAUCGACUGUGUUCCCACCGAGGAGGCGCUGAACUUUGUCGAAGGCCAGAAAAAGUAA